AGAAGAACGAGUCGGAAACGCGGGCCAUUUGAUGCGGUGCCAUUUAAACAGAUCAGUGAUUUGGUGGAUAUAAAAGACAUUCGACAGCAGAGAGAGCAGACAUUGCCAUCCAUCCACGGAGGGUGCCUGGACUGAGUUGGUUUGGAAGUUGAAAGGAAUUCAUCGGAGGUGGAGAUUCAAGAGGACAACAAGAGCUUGGUUGGAAGAGGAUUUCUAUAACGUUUGCCAAUGGGUACCACCAGCAGUGAUCAAGUGCCCCGAAGGUUUAAGUUUGGCAAUCACAUUUUAGACAUCACAGAGAAUUACAGCAAUGAUCUGUAUCUUCCAAGUAUAGUCUGGAGAUGUAGUGAAUAUCUCUGUGAAUACAUCGUGGAAGAGAACAUAAACUUCACUGGAAAGAAGGUCAUUGAACUGAACUCAGGCACCGGAAUUGUGGGCAUUUUAGCAACUCUAAUGGGUGGAGAAGUUACAAUGACAGACCGAACAAAUGCUUUAGCUCAGUUAAAAGAGAACAUAGAUACCAAUUGUGCAAACCGUGGGACUAUCCUGACUUAUACCCUGGGAGACGACAUCACCAACUUACCUCAGAACUUCGACUACAUUCUGGGUGCCGGUGUUGUCUUUAUCACAGACACCUUCUCUCUUCUGGUCGAUGCCCUGAAAUACCUGAGCAGCACACAGACUGUAAUAUUGCUCUCGACCGAAAAGUGGAAAGAGUUCGGCUUGCUGGAAUUUUAUGAUAAAACGCUACCCCUGGAUUUUCACUGCGCAACAGUUAAAACGUCGCAAGACGUGAAUGUGUACAGAGCUUUGAAAAAAUAUUAAGAUCGUUGUCGUUAGCUACUAAU